AUGUUAUUAUUUUAUUUACCUAUUUCCAGUCUUUUGUGAAUACUUCUUUCUUAUAAAAAUACUUUCUUAAUAUUUUUUUUAUAAAAAAUAGUGAUACAUAUAUUUAAAAUAUGGCAUCCUUAGCUAUUAGAGUGAAAAGUAAAAACGGUCAGCAGUUAUUAAAAGACUUGACCUCUGAAAGUACUGUGGGUGAACUAAAAAUGUAUCUUUCUAGUGUAACGAAUGUAAGUUGUGAGAGAAUAAGCGUCCUUUUAGGGUAUCCACCCAAACCUCUAGAUAUUAGUAACGAUGAGAAAAAAUUAAAUGAGAUUGGUUUAAAAUCCGGCGAAACCUUGAUAAUUGAGGAGAAAUCUAUGCCACAUACUGAAACUUCGACUCAAGCAAUAAAUAAAAAACCAGUAGAAAAUGGAACAGCGCCACAUGAACCGAAAGAUCCUUGCAGACCUGGAAUUCUAAUGAAGAAAGUAGUUCCUUCAGAUAACUCUUGCCUCUUCACGAGUAUAGGUUUUGUAUUGAAUGGAAAUGUUGAUACAACAGUACAUACCCUCAUGCGCCAGAUAAUAGGAAUGGAAGUAGCUGGUGACCAAGAAACUUAUAAUGAGGCUAUGCUUGGUAAACCUAAUGCUGAAUAUUGUGCUUGGAUCCAACAGCCAAGCUCCUGGGGAGGUGCUAUUGAGGUAGCAAUAUUAUCAAGAUUUUAUGGCAUAGAAAUGGCAGUUGUAGAUACCUUAAAUGCAAUUAUCAAUAGAUUUGGAGAGGACAAGAAUUAUGGACAACGAGUGUUUCUACUGUUUGAUGGUGUCCACUAUGACCCAUUGUAUUUAGAACAAUCAGAUGGUGGAAUUCAAACUGUAUUUCCUGCUGAAGAUAUGGAUAUCUACAAAGAAGCUGAACAACUUGCAAAGGAAGCGAAAUCUUCAAGACAGUUUACUGACCUAAAUAAAUUCACUUUAAAGUGUAUGAUUUGUCAAAAGCUCUUAACUGGGCAAGUCGAAGCACAGAAACAUGCUAAGGAGACAAUGCAUACUAAUUUUGGAGAAGUCUAGCAUACAAGGAGCAAGCCAAGGGGCAUAAUGACAUCACUUACUAAAAUCCUAGAUAAAUUCUUUUUGGCUCAUUAUUAGACUACAGCUGUUUAAAAAUUACUUUUCAAAUGCUUCAUUUUGGUUAUGCAUCUGUUGGUUUUAUUUUAAUUAAUUAUGAUUUAUUUUAAUUUGUGACCAUUGAUUAAUUUAAGCAUUAUAUAUAGUAAAGUUGUUUAAUUUUUUAGCUAAAUGAGACUGAAACAAAUGAAUUGAAUGAGGAAUAUAAUAAGUAUCAAUAUUGACACAAGAACUGCCAUUAACAUUUUAAAUUCACCAAGUGCUUAUAUAAUAGAACCGUAACUAUUAGAAUAUAUCAUGUUUGUAGGAUCCUUAAAGCUGGGUUAUUUUUAUCUAUAUUCUGUGUAGGGGUUUUUUUUUGGUGCGGGAGGGUUAUGUGGGAUUCGCUAUUGUGCUAACCCACUAAAACCCCAAGGCGCCAACAAAAAUUGCGGGAUGCGGUAACAGCAAAGCCUUAUUCGCCUCUUCACGCCCAUUGUUGGUUUGUUAUUAUAUUUUGUGUAGGUUGUCCUAAUGUCUAUAUUUUUUUCUCACUUUGGUUCAUUUGAGACAGCUUUAAGGGUUAAACAAAUACUCAUAGGUUUUAAUAAGAAUGAACUCGAACCAAUAGAUAGACUGGGUCAAUUUAAUAGUAAUAGAAUAUGAGAGAAAUGUUUAUGUAAAUUUUAAUAGAAUUCUAUAAAAUAAUUUCAAUACUUUACCGUUUUAUUAAUAUCAAUGAAAUAAAUAAGGUUAGAAGUAGCAUUAAUUUUUAAAAAUUUGCAUAGUUGACACUCAUUAAUGACAUGUACUAUUAAUACAUUUUUGAUUCCUUAAUAAAUGAAUU